AUGUCCACCGCUGCUUCUGCUUCUCCGGCAGCGUCUGGGCAGUGUUGCGUCCUCUUCUUCUGCUCGCCGGAAUGCCAGAAGCUCGUCUGGCCAGCUCACAAGCGCGUCUGUGGAAAGUCGCCCAUCGCUCUCCCGCUCCUCACGCCUGAAGAGGCCGCAGAGACCAAGGCCUACAAGCACAAGCCGAUUGCUUGGUUGGACGACACCGGCACCCGCAAGUCGAUCGCCCAAGCUUUUCAAGCGAACAUCAUCGACUGCAUCACCGAGAAGCACCCAGCCGCGCUCGCAUACCAUGCAGCCAACGAUAUGCAGAGUCAGCAGAUCCUCAUCAUCACGCGUCGCUUCCGCGCCUACCACUUCUAUGCAGCGCAUCCAGACGCCGAAGCUCCACCGACAUACGACGGAAUCGGUUCUUUUGACUGGAACCUGCUGAUGCCGUUCCUCGAUGGUGUCGAGCUCGAUGGUGGCGAAGGUCCCUCGCAGAUGUGGCACGCCUACCAGGAAGUCCUUCAAUUUCUCGACAACGACGCUGUGUGGCUUUCCGAGGCCACCACUGCCGACUUCAUCCGCGAUUGCUUCGACCUGGCCAUCUCGCCGCGCAGCGCACCUCUUCCCGGUUGGGAUUGCCUCCCUUCUGCCUGCGGGCAGUUCCCGGAAGGGCGUGACUUCAUUGGACUGCACCCUGUUGUGUCCGUGUCCCGGAAGGCGUUCGUGUAG